AUGCCAUCGCCUACCAUCUCAUUCUGUGUGAAGAACCCCAACUUCGGUGCAGAUCAGGACUUUUAUCUGAAUUUAGAGUUAAUAAGUGGACCAGGAGAGAAGGGUGGAUACUCUGGUUUGUACACAGAGUUCUUCGCUACUGCCGACGAGGCUCUGUGUCCUCCGUAUGAGAACAUAGCUCAAAACAAAGCAUGUGAUAUGACAAAUGGAAUCACUGUGUCGUCAGCGGGUGACCUUCUGAGCUACAAUUUCCCUCACGCCUACCCGACAGGUCUGUCCUGCAGAUGGACCAUCUCCCCCGAUUCCAACAACCCCACCCUGUUCCCCGUUCUGCAGAUGGUGCAGAUGGAUUUGGGCGUGGCCUCUGAAAUACAGGGGGAGUUGGAGAAUGAUAAGAUUGUGAUUGCCGACGGACAGCAGAAUGACGUGGAGUGGACUAUGUUGACCUCUGGUAGUGAGUCAUCCGUUCCAUUCGUUUUCACAGACAGAUCUGGUUUUGUGGAAUUUACAUCUGGCUACUACUAUAACAUGCACACCAACUUCAAAUUAGCUGUUUCAUAUCUGGACAUCAACGGACACUCGGAUUUAUUUGAAAAAGCGGGUUUGUGUCUGAGCGUUGACAAGACCGCCAUCUGUCACUUUCCCUUUAGUGAGGGGGGACAGGAGUACCACUCCUGCUGGCGACUGGGGGAUGACACUGAGGCAUCUUGCAAGACAGUGGAGGGCACUAAGAUCUUCUGCGACAUGAACAACCAAAGAUGCGUACCACCUUUUCCAACGUUCAUUUCGAACACUCAGAGCAUUUCUCCAGUGCAACCCGGCUCUUUUCUGGUAACGUGGCAGCUAUCCAGUUCUAACUGGGACACAGUCACAGUUGUUCUGAACGGACGAGAGAUGGGAUCCACGUCCGAUCAAGAGUAUACACUGACUGGUCUGGCAACUGGCACACUGUACGUGGUCCAGUUGUUUGUCAACUCCUUCGGAAGACGUGAUCCAAAUUUCUAUUCAAUGGAGUGGCUGACAUCGUCAGGUGGCUCUCAGGAACAGGUAAUAUACCUUAUCUACAAAACUACGGAGUCCCUUUGGUUCGCUUGGGACCCCAUCCCAAAUGCAAACUUCUACACCAUCAAUGCCGUACCCUGGGCCACUAAUGAAGUCACGCGACGACUUGUUAACACUGAUUCUCUGAGAAGCAUAAAUGAAUUGAAUACGAUUGAAAAUACCGUUGAGUUGACUGGACUGUACCCUGGAAUGGCCUACAAUGUCACUAUAACAGCCAAUGCAGAGUCAAGUCAAAUUCAGUUAUUUGCAGUUGCUUUCACAGCAGAGCAUCUCAGGGCACGUCGGGAAGUGGGACACUUUGCAGACAACAGCAACCAAGAAGUUUUCAUUUUUGAUUUCGAUCUCACAAAUGAGUUCAUCAACAGUGAGAGUAAUCAGUUCCAGAAUAUGGAUUUGGGAGUGGCUGAGUCUGGCACUUGGUACCUCUUCAUUGUGCAGGGGUUCAACGAACUCCCUUCAUGGGGGACAUCACUCGAAAUUAUAACAGAUCCUACCCCUGUGACUAAUUUGGCAUUGAUUGAGAGGGGCACAGAUAAUCUGGUCAUCACUUGGGAUCCCCCCGCUCAGGGGCAGUACAAUUUCUUACGGGUACAAUUCAUGGCGGUCGAUCAAGACAAUUCAUAUUUCACAACUUUCACAGACAGGACGCGUGACCCUUUUCUGGUCCAGUCUGGUUUGACGCCCGGAGUGCCCUACCAAAUUAGAGUGACUACUGUGUCAUACCAAGAUUCUUCUUCGCCGACUGUAGAGCUUGUAGCAGAAACAGUUCCUCUCCCCGUGAUGUCAUUCGGUGCUCUUGGAGGCCCAUCGAACAAUGUAGAUCCCCGAACUAUUUCCUUCAAUUUCCAGCCGCCGAAUCCCGACCGUAUCGGGUGGUCCGGGUUUCGACUCUAUACCUGGGAACUAUACGACAACCGCACACGGAAGCUAGAAGUUAAUAAUGUUACGCUGAUGCCAGAGUUUCCAGCCGAGACAAGCUCGGGUACGGAUGACUUCCAGGUGACUUAUCGAAAUUACGGGACACUUUACGAGGCGGAGGUGGUUACUUUAUCUGAAACUGGACUGUUAGAGAGUGAACCGACAGCUUUCAUUUUAACUACCGUGCCCCGAUCGCUGGAGAUGUUCGUUAUCACGUACCUGGACGACUACAAAAUGAGGGGUGACUGGAGUCUGCAGAGAACCGACAACAACUUCGAUCGGUUCCUUGUCCAUGUAAACAACAACGAAAACGAUGACCUCAUUGCCACCGAAGUGCUCGAAAUAGCUGGGAAGGCCACCUCGGGAUCCAUUGAAUUUGAUAUUGGUAGUCAACUAUUCAUUUUGGAGUUCAGAGUACAGAUAAUCACUGAAGUUGAAUACCAAAAUGCUAUGUUCAGUGCAGUUUCCAGGCCCUCUCAGUUCAUCAUUGUACCAGACCUUCCAGAGAUUGUGGACUAUGAAGCUACUCUGACAACCAUGACAGCAUACAUUGAUGUGUCAGCUUUCGGAAUCGAGUCCAAAUUUGUUGCCAAUCUGAAAAAAGCUUCAACUGGCGAACCGCUGAUGAACAUCUCAGUAAAUGCUGCCGACUGCUCAGAUGAUCUCACCAGGUGUGCGGUGACCUUCAAUGACCUUGAACCAGAUACGGAGUAUACAGCCAACGUGUUUGUAGUCUCCACGCCUAGCCCAUUCAGGAGGACAUUCAUUGGAGCGGUGUCUACUUCAGCCUUGCCAGUGGACUUCAUCAGCAGUUCGUUUGAAGCCUCUUCUUACAUGAUUCGAGUGAACUUCGAGAAUCUCCCUUUUGGGAACACUGAUGAAAUUGUAGAGUUCACAAUUGUGGUUGCCGAGAUGUCAGAAGGCACCAACAUCAAAGCCAACAACGUGGUCAAUGUCAUGUACUGGUCCAACUACAUAACAAAUGAGUCCCACUAUCAUGCCUUGUCCCUACAAAUUUACCCAAUGCCAUUCAACAUCAACCCAACAGACCAUUCCUGGUUCGUGGACAUAGGCGUGGAUUUGUGCGACCCCGAUGUGUCUGUUCAUCAAGUGUGUAAUGGACCCCUCAUGUCCAUGACUGAGUACUCUUUGUGGGUGGCGGGGGUCACUGCAAAUGGCCGUAUUAUUUUUAGUUCAACAAUUGGCGGUCUAGCUACUUCUUCAGCAGCCUUGCCAGUGGACUUCAUCAGCAGUUCGUUCGAAGCCUCUUCUUACAUGAUUCGAGUGAACUUCGAGAAUCUCCCUUUUGGGGACACUGAUGAAAUUGUAGAGUUCACAAUUGUGGUUUCCGGGAUGUCAGAAGGCACCAACAUCAAAGCCAACAACGUGGUUAAUGGUCCGUAUUCAUUUACAGACGUGUUUUUUGUGGUUCUAUAA